GGCGAGAACAUGUCGCUAUUUGUUUAUAAACAAUGGUUUUAGUUUGCUGUCAGUCGUCGUCCCCAAAAGUGCGGCAUGUGGUCGCGCGGGAGCAGUUCGAAGAGGCAAGUGGCCACCAACGACAAUGACCCCGAAAAGGUUUUGAAACAGGUGCAGGAUCUCAGCGAUUGGCUGGUGGCCAAUCCCCAAAUCAACGGAUGCAACACCUUCGAAAACCUGCAUUUUUUCAGAACCUCAAAGUACGAUGUGGAGCGAACGAAGAAGAAACUAAAGACUUUUUAUCAAAUGAGAGCGGAGCGCACUGAGUGGUUCGAUAAUCGCGAUCCGAAGUUGCCAGAAAUCCAGGAGCUUCUUAAUCUGGGAGUAUUUCUACCCAUUGGUCCCGAUGCGGAACAAAGGAUGGUGGUGGUCAUCCGGACAGCGGCUCACGAUCCGAAGCUCCAUACUCAGAACAAUGUUUUUAAGACCAGUAAAAUGAUAUUGGACCUGCUCCUAAAGCUGGAACCGGAAACUUGUGCCCGCGGAAUGGUGGCCGUUCUAGACAUGCAGGGUGUCCAACUGGGUCACGCCCUUCAAAUGAAUCCCAAACUCAUCAAGCGAUCCGUGGAGAGCUGGACCGCCUAUCCAUGUCAACCCAAAUUAUUGGAGUUUACCAAUGCGCCGCGCCAUGUUAACAUCUUUCUAAAUACCUUCAGAAUAUUUAUGACACCCAAGAUUAGAUCCCGACUCUUUAUCCGUCGCGAGGGAACCUCUGUGAUCUGUGACCAUCUGCCUAAAGAGCUGGGUGGACAAGGUCUCAGCUACAAGGAGCUCUCCCUCAAGUGGAAACACUUGGUGGAGGACAAUGCCGAUUUCUAUGUGGAGCAAGACAAAUACAAAAGCCAGCUCAAGUGAUUGGGGUUAGUGCGGCGACAGUGAUAAGAAGGCGAUUAGCCGAAUGCUAUAGAUUAGUCGCAAACAUUUACAAUGCGCAAAUGCACACAGGCUCAUAUUAGUUGUCAUCAUUUUGAAAAGGGUACAAUAAGUAUCCACUGAAUCUUAAAUGUAUAUUGUAAGGCAUUACUUCAUACCUUUUAAAAGGGGUAUUUAAUCACGAUAAUGUAUUUUGUUUUUGUUUUUUGUUUCUAAAUAAAGUGUGAAUGCACGAUAAACGUAAAA